UUAAAAAAAAAAAUCCUAGAGAGGGGACGGCAGAAAGUACAAGCCAAGGAAGAAGCAGUGAGGGGAAUAUCUGGGAAGAGACUUUAUGGGAACCCUGUUUGUAUCUUUCUCUUUCAUAGUUCUUGAAAGCAUUAAGAAAUAAUCUCCUGUCCUGUGACAGCUUCCAAAGGCACAAGGAACUGUAAAUCCACAGCAGGAUCCAUAGACGUGUUAGGGCAAGAGCGACCCAGCUUCACUUUCCAGCAUCCCACAAGGCAAGGGGAUUCACACCUUUGGAUUAUGCUCUUACAAACAAGGCUCAGAAGAUGAGAGGGUUCACUGCCCUGUUGGUGGCACUACAUUCAUUAGCAUUUUAUCCGGAAAGAAGCUCAGCGCAACAAGCAAGGUGCGAGAAUGUCUACGACUCAGAUAUUGUCUUCAUCGUGGAUGGAUCCUCCAGCAUUGGUCGGGCAAACUUUCGAAUGAUCAAGUCCUUUAUGGAAGGGUUGACCAUUCCCUUUAUAAAUGUUGUCAGCAGGGAAGGAGUGCGCUUUGGCUUGGUGCAAUACAGUGAUGAUCCCAGAACAGAGUUUACAUUUACCACUCACCGGAAUGGGACAGAACUGGUUCAAGCUAUCCGAAACCUGGGCUACAAAGGAGGAAACACAAGGACUGGUACUGGGUUGAGAUAUGCAGCAGAUAAUUUCUUUGGACCUACCAUCAUCCGACCUAAUGUUCCUAAGGUUGCUAUUUUGAUAACAGAUGGAAAAUCUCAGGAUGAUGUAGACCCUCCAACUCAAAGGCUAAAAAGUCAAGGAAUCAAAAUGUUUGCUGUGGGAAUUAAGAAUGCAGAUAGUCGGGAGUUGACCAGAGUGGCAUCUACUCCAACUGAAGAUUUCUUCUUCUACGUUAAUGACUUCAGAAUCCUCGGCUCCUUACUCCCCGUGGUGACUCGGAAAGUUUGUACCAGCACCGGUGGUGUUUUGAUUACUGAUUCCACUUCCCAAACUUACACAGGACCCACCAACCUGGUUUUCUCUGAUCAGGCAGCCAACUCAAUGAGAAUCCAAUGGACUUCAGCAACUGGUCCAGUUACUGGCUAUAAAGUUCUGUACGUUCCUCUCACCGGUCUGGGACAGCAGAUUCCAUCAGAGCUGAGAGAAAUCACUGUUACUGCAGGGCAAACUGCCUCCGUGCUACAGGGUCUGAGAGCUGCAACUGAAUAUUUAGUUACUGUUACAGCUUUAUAUGCUAACAGCAUUGGGGAAUCUGUGUCUGGCAGAGGAAGAACGUUGAGUCCUCUUGGCAUAUCCAACUUCCGUAUAGUGGAGUCUGGUCCCUCCUUUCUGAGGCUGGCAUGGGCCCCUACUGGAACGGAACCCCCAGUGGGUUACAGGCUCACCUACGCUAUAAGAGGUGACAGUAGGACAGGAGAGAAGACCUUGGGUGCCGGCACAACGUCAGAUACUCUCAGUGACCUAAAGCCCAACACUGAAUAUGUUCUCAGCCUUUACCCUCGAUACCAGAGUCAGACUGGAACUCCUGUAACUAUUACAGGCCGCACUCAGCGAAUUGAAGGGGUUGUGCAGCUCUCCCUCCAGGAUGUUACAUCACAAAGCAUGACUGCCACGUGGAAUAGGGUCAGUGGCGCCACUGGAUAUCGCAUUUCCUGGGUGUCCCAGUCAGGUGAAGAUGCAAAGGAUUUUGAUGUGGGUGCCAAUGUAAGCUCAUUCUUUUUACAAAACCUCCUACCCAACACAGAGUAUACAGUGUCUGUAAGCCCACUGUAUGGAUCAAUAGAGGGUCCGGCAGCUUCAACCAGAGUUAAAACAGAUUCAGGAAUAGUCCAGGUUCUGAGAACAUUGGCAGACAGCCCCACAUCAAUUCAGUUGACAUGGAACAUCAUUCCAGAGGCCACUGGGUAUAGGCUGGAAUGGAGGCGAGCUAGAGGUGGUGCCAAGGCUCCUCAGGUGGUUAAUUUCCCCACCAGCACCAACAGAUACACCAUCACAGGCCUGAGACCGGGAACAGAGUAUCAGAUCACCCUCUUCACUCUGUAUGAUGGGCGAGAGGUGGCAACCCAAGCAACUACAUCAGAGACAGAAACAGAACCUCCAGUUGGCAUUGUCACAAACCUGAGGGUGAUAGAGGCAGCAGGCGGAAGAGUCCGGUUGGCAUGGACUGGAGUUCCAAGAGCUACAGAAUACAGAGUUGUGAUUCGCAGUGCCGAUGGAACGUUCGAGAGGACCAGGCGUGUCCCUGGGACCCAGAACACAAUUGAAAUCGAUGGCCUUCAGGAUGGUGUAUCCUACAGUGUGCUGGUAUCUGCACUUGUUGGCAGACGAGAGGGCACAGCAGUACCUAUCAGCGUCCGAAUAGAAUCCUCUGUUGUCGGCUCUGUAACCAAUCUGCGUGUGCUGGACAUAAGAAGGGGGCGUAUUCGUCUUUCUUGGACUGGAGUCCCAGGAGCCACUGAAUAUCGGAUACUUAUCAGGAACUCAGAGGAUGGUUCUGAGGAGACUCAAGUUAUCUCAGGGGAUGAAACUGUGUACGAGCUGAAGGAUGUACAAGAGGGCAUCACGUAUGUUGUGCGUGUAACUGCAGUUGUGGGAACGAGAGAAGGAAAUCCAGUGACAAUCAACGUCAGGACAGAGUCGGCAGUGGGAGGAGUUACAAACCUUCGAGUGUUGGAGAGAGGUGGCAACCGCCUGCGCAUUGCAUGGACUGGGAUUGCCCGGGCAACUGGAUACCGGGUCACCUGGAGACAUAGCGAUGGUCGCCAGCUGAGCAGAACCCUGGCCGCCGAUGUGACAUCCUUUGACAUUGAAGGUUUGCAGGCCAACUCUAUCUACGCUAUAGGCGUAUCAGCUCUGGUUGGUACCUCGGAGGGCAGCCCUGUGACUAUAACAGCACAGACAGAAGAUGACUCUGUGGGUGAAGUUACCAAUCUGAGAACUGUGAGCACUGGAGAAACCACAAUCAGAAUCGCGUGGAGUCCGGUUCCAAGGGCCACAAGUUACAGGAUCACUUGGAGACGUAGUGAUGGUGUUGAAGUUUCGCAGAUAGUAACUAGAGACAUCACUUCGGUGGAUAUCCCCGACUUAGUUCCUGGCACUCCCUAUACUAUAUUUGUGUCUGCGAUGAUUGGUAGCAGGGAGAGUAACCCAGUUGCCAUCACUGCCCAAACAGCGCUGGAGCAGGUUGGAAGUGUAACCAGUCUGCAGGUUCUUGAGAGGAACAACAUUGUGCGCGUGACCUGGGUGGGAGUACAAGGAGCCACAUCCUACAAGGUUUCCUGGAUCCCUGUAGAUGGUGGACCAGAGCAAUCCAGGGAGGUGCUUGGAAACAUCAAUUCGUUUGAACUGAUAAAUGUGAGACCAGGAGUGAGAUACACAGUAAAAGUUACAGCACUGAUAGGCACUCGGCAAGGAUCACCUGUCACUGCCAGUGUCACAACACCGGAUGUUCCCUCAGUAACUCCAGUAAGAGACCUCCGUGUAUCAGAUGUGUCACAGCAGCGCAUUAGACUCAAUUGGAGCUCUGUUCCUGGGAGCACUGGGUACCGUAUCUACUGGAGAAGAGCUGAUGGGGGUCCGGAAACAAGCCGGCUGGUAUCGAGAGAUGAGAGAUACAUUGAUAUCGACAAUUUGCAAGCUGGGGGGCGCUAUGAAUUUCGAGCUGUCGCUUUGUUUGGCAGUCAGGAGAGCCAAGCUGUUUCUGUCUUCGCUAACUCCGCCUGUGGAACCGGCAGGACAGAUGUUGUGUUCUUGGUCCAUGCAACCCAGGACAAUGCAUACAGUGAGGAGACUGUGAAAAAUUUCCUUUCCAAGGUGAUGUCUUCUAUAGGACAGCUGGGCCCUGAUGCCACCCAGGUUGGCCUCAGUGCUUACAGCUUUAGGGCUAGACCUUGGAUCCUUUUGAAUCGUUCCAGUGAUCUGAGCACAGUCCUCCAACAAAUUCGGACCAUUCCUUUUGAAGAGCCAAGUGGAACCUCUAUAGGUGCUGCUAUAGACUUUGCGAAGAACUACAUGUUUACAACAAACUAUGGAAGGCGAAAUAAUGUCCCUGGGACACUGGUUGUGUUGGCGGAUGGACCCUCGGGAGAUGAUGUGUUGGAACCAGCCAGAGUCAUGAAGGACGCAGGGUUUAAAAUCCUGGCAGUUGGGACAAAUGGGGCGGAUCAGGAGCAGUUACGGCGGAUCGUCUCCAGACAAAGCCCUCGGAAUGUCUUUUUCACCAGGGAUUCUGGGAAUCUUAAUAGCCUUGUGGACAGCCUUACAGGGGCUAUUUGCACAGUAACCCCAGUGGAAGAGCCUUGUACAGUUCAGUGUCCACAGGGCGAAAAGGGACAGAAAGGAGAGCUGGGUAGUGCAGGGCGGCCAGGGGCAACUGGACCUCCUGGAGAGGCGGGACGCAAUGGUAUUCCAGGUCCACCUGGUCCUGUUGGUCCUCGUGGUCCCCCGGGGGAAGGCACAGCAUCAAGGGGACAGAAAGGAGAAACUGGGGAUCCGGGAACUGACGGUAUCCCAGGAAGCCCAGGCCGUCCAGGAAACCCUGGUACUCCAGCCUCUCCUGGGAGUAAAGGCUCACAAGGAGAGAGGGGAUAUCCAGGAGAACGAGGAUCUCCAGGCCCAUCUGGUCCCAAGGGAGAAAAGGGAGUCCCGGGUGAACCAGGGGAAGUAAUAAAUGGUGGUGGUGGAAUUCCCGGGAGAAAAGGAGAGCCAGGAAUUCCAGGAAUUCCGGGCCAGCCAGGAACCCCGGGACAAAGAGGAAUUCCUGGAACCCCAGGGCCCCCUGGACCAGAAGGACCAAGUGGUUCUUCAGGACUCCCAGGGCAGUCUGUCAAGGGAGAGAAAGGAGAACGAGGUGAGAGAGGUCUCCCAGGAUCAGUCGAUGGAGCUGGUGGCAAGGGUGAACCAGGAAGUCCUGGAUCACCUGGUGCUCAAGGUCAAGCAGGGCCUCGGGGUCCAACCGGCCUUUCAGGGCAAAAAGGGGAAAAGGGCGAAGCUGGAGAAGGCUUUCCGGGGGCUGCAGGGAGGACAGGAGAUCCAGGAGAUCGAGGACCCAGAGGGCCACCUGGUGAGCAAGGUACCAAGGGUGACCGUGGGGCUCCUGGCCAGGAUGGAGAACGUGGGGAAAAGGGUGAACGUGGGCCUCCUGGAUUUCAAGGACUAAAGGGCAGUCCAGGACAAAAUGGGUUGCCUGGUCCAUCAGGACCCAUAGGUCCUUCAGGUGGACUGGGACCACGAGGUGACAAGGGUGAUCAAGGUGCUCCUGGGGAACCUGGGAAAUCAACUUUGGGUCUUCCGGGAGGUAAAGGCGAUAAGGGAAGCCAAGGUCCCGCUGGACCAGAAGGUCCAAAAGGUUCAAGAGGAGAUUCAGGGGAGAAAGGCGAGCGAGGUCCACCAGGAUUUGGAAUCCCUGGGCAGCCAGGAGCAAAGGGAGAUCAAGGAGAAAGGGGCAAUGUCGGCCUUGCUGGAAAGACAGGACAAAAGGGAGAGCCUGGAGAACCGGGACAGAAUGGGGAACCAGGAAAAUCUGGGCCACCAGGGCAGAUUGGUCUUCGGGGCAAAGAAGGAGAUCGUGGAGAAAAGGGAGAUGAAGGAACACCGGGUGAAUCUGGAAUACCAGGAAAGAAUGGAGAAAGAGGCCUAAGGGGUCUUCCAGGACAAAGGGGCCUUUCAGGAGAAAAGGGGGAUUCUGGGGAUCCCGGGGAGUCUGGAAGGAAUGGAACCCCCGGAGCCCCUGGCACUAAAGGUGAACGAGGUGAUCCAGGAACACAAGGUCCUCAAGGACCACAAGGAAAGCCAGGCACCGUGGAAUCUGUGGUUGCUGGAGCAAAAGGGGAGAAGGGUGAUGCUGGCGACCCUGGUGAGCAUGGCAUGAAAGGCGCAAAGGGAGAAGCUGGUGCAAAUGGACUCCCAGGAGAGAGGGGAUUAGAAGGACUGAGGGGCCCUCCAGGACCUCGGGGAGAGACGGGGGAUCGUGGGACUCCAGGUGAAAAGGGUGAACGUGGUCCUCCGGGUGUAGAUGGAAGGAAUGGUUUGGAUGGGAAACCAGGACAGCCAGGCUCCCCAGGCCAGAGAGGAGAUGCAGGCAAGCAAGGUGAUCCUGGAAGAGAUGGGCUACCUGGACUUAGAGGAGAGCAGGGCCCCCCGGGACUGAUUGGGCCUGUUGGACCACCAGGAAUACCUGGUAAACAAGGAGAAGAUGGAAAACCAGGCUUUAAUGGUAAAAAUGGAGAAGAUGGAACUCCAGGGGAAGAUGGAAGAAAGGGGGACAAAGGUGACGUGGGUCCUGCUGGCCGAGAUGGUCGAGAUGGUCAAAAAGGAACACAGGGGGAACCAGGAUCAGUAGGUCCCGCCGGACCACCGGGUGUCCCAGGGAAUCCAGGACCAAUUGGUCCUCCAGGCCAGGGAAUACCAGGACUAGCUGGUCAAGCGGGAUCGAAGGGUGAUCGAGGAGAACAGGGUGCAAAGGGUGAACAGGGUAGGCCUGGUGAAAUGGGAGCUAGAGGAGAGCCUGGAAGCACCGCUAAUGUUGAAAAGUCCCUCGGCAUUUUAGGAAUUAAGGUUGCUUCACUAAAAGAUCUCAUGGACACCAUUGAUGAUGGCUCUGGACGUCCCAUUACCGCACAAAUGAAGAUAAAAGGAGAACCAGGAGUUCCUGGGGAGAAGGGUGCCCCAGGGAGAGAAGGAACAAUGGGCUUUCCUGGAGAAAGAGGACAGAAAGGAGAAAGGGGAGAUCUUGGGCCUGCAGGGCCCCAAGGGCCACCAGGACGGGCUAUUGGAGAAAGAGGUCCUGAAGGUCCAUCUGGACAAACUGGGGAUCCAGGCAAACCUGGGAUUCCAGGAAUACCGGGAAAGGCAGGAGAACCUGGAGAGCAAGGGAAGGCUGGAGACAAAGGAGAGAGAGGAGAACGGGGUGAACGAGGUGAUGAUGGUAAAGAUGGCGCCAGGGGGCCUGUUGGACCACCGGGACCAAAGGGUGAAGUUGUAGAAAUUAUUGCCACCAGACUGCCUGGAGAGAGAGGAUUAACAGGUCCAAGAGGUAUCAAGGGUGAUCCAGGCGCAGAUGGAGAGAAAGGAGCCAAAGGAGAUAAGGGGGUAGACGGACAAAAAGGAGAUAGAGGGGACUCUGGUGAAAAGGGCAGAGAUGGAUCUCCAGGAUCUGUAGGAGAGAGAGGACUGGCAGGGCCAGAAGGAAAGCCGGGUGAGAAGGGCAAUAGUGGGCUUCCAGGCCCAUCUGGAAACCCAGGAGAAUCAGGUCAGCAGGGUCCGCCAGGUAUUCAGGGUCCCACUGGAAUAAAGGGCAGCCCAGGGGAACCCGGCCCCAGCAUACGGGGACCACCUGGUCCUCAAGGUAUUGCCGGACCCCCCGGAUUACCUGGUCCACCAGGCCUUAUGGGACCUCAGGGGCCUCCUGGAGUUCAAGGACAAGUGGGCGAAUCAGGAAAGCCUGGGGUCCCAGGAAGAGACGGCUCACCAGGCAAAGAUGGGGAACUUGGGCUUCCAGGAAAAAUGGGUAUGCCGGGCCCACCUGGUCUUGUUGGAACCAGAGGAGAAGCAGGGGAGCCAGGAACUCCUGGGGAGUUUGUUGCUGGCCCCUCUGGACCGAAAGGAGAGAAGGGGGCUCCCGGUAACCAGGCAGCAGGAAUACCAGGAGAAGCUGGGCAGAAAGGAGACAGAGGACUUCCAGGCGCAAGAGGGGAGAAGGGGGAAGCUGGAAGAAUAGGAGACACUGGAGAUCCAGGAGAAGAUGGUUCCAAAGGGCCCCCUGGUCCAAGAGGUGAAAAGGGGCAAGCUGGAGUUGGGCUACCUGGACCGGCUGGACAAAUUGGACCACCAGGCUUGAAGGGAGAUGUUGGUUUGCCCGGGCCCCCUGGACCUCCUGGCCUGCAAGGGAUAGCAGGGAUACCCGGUCAGCCAGGAUUAAGAGGAGAAGUCGGACAGCUAGGUCCCCCUGGCCAACAAGGGGAGAGGGGCUUGCAGGGAUUUGCGGGAAGAGAAGGAAAUGUGGGACCACAAGGGCAAUCUGGGGCACCUGGAGCGAUGGGCCCUGCAGGACCACCAGGGGUGAAAGGUGAUAAGGGUGACUCAGGAAUUGGCCAGUUAGGCCCUAGAGGAGAAAGAGGUGACCCAGGUUCAAGGGGAGAGGAUGGUCGCCCGGGGCUGGAAGGAGACCGUGGCCCACCAGGCCUUCCUGGAAAUAGAGGAGAGCGAGGAGACAAGGGUGACCCAGGCCCGAUAGGACUUAAAGGGGACAAGGGAGAAACACUCACUAUCGAGGGACCUCCUGGUCCAAGGGGAAACAAAGGAGAGAUGGGGGAACGAGGAAUAAAAGGUUCAGAGGGGGAAAAGGGGGACAAAGGAGAUCAAGGUCUGCAUGGAGAAAAGGGAGUCAAAGGUGAACAAGGAGACAAAGGUGCCACUGGCUUUGUAGGGGCUCGUGGUCCUGGUGGGCAAAAAGGAGAGACUGGUGCCUUUGGAGAACCAGGAGAGCCUGGCUUGUCAGGCAAGGAUGGAGUCCCAGGAAUGCGAGGAGAAAAAGGAGAACCUGGUAUCCAUGGGCUAAAGGGGAUAAAGGGAGAUCGUGGUAUGAAGGGACUCUGUGGGCAAGAUGGUGAAAAAGGAGAUAAGGGUGACCCAGGACUACAUGGACGUCCUGGACUAUCAGGAAGGAAAGGAGAUUCUGGUGAACCAGGAAUUCCAGGACAUCCAGGCUUGCCUGGAAAGGAAGGACUUGUUGGAGGCAAGGGAGAUAGAGGCAUGGAAGGACUGCAGGGAACAAAGGGAGACCAAGGAGAAAAAGGUGACAGGGGUUCUGUUGGAAUGGUUGGCCCUGCUGGCCCCCGGGGUGCUGAUGGGCUACCAGGGCCUCCUGGUACCAUAGGUCCUGCUGGUUCAAAGGGUCCAGAAGGUCUUCAGGGACAAAAGGGUGAGAGGGGCCCUGCUGGGGAAUCAACUAUAGGACCACGGGGAAUCCCAGGAAUCCCAGGAGAACGAGGAGAACAGGGUAUGAUUGGAGUAGAUGGUACAAAAGGAGACAAGGGGAGUCCAGGCAUGACGGAAGAUGAAGUUCGUAAUUUUGUCCGUCAGGAAAUGAGCCAUCACUGCGCCUGUGGAGGUUUUGUUUCCAACUAUCCAUCUCUCCCAUCGUCUCCAUCUAACAAACCACGUCUUGUCCCAGUCCCAGCCCUAAAGUUCUCUCAUAUUGAUGAAGAUGAUGGAAAGGCGUUGAAGGUGGUGGUUAACACCAAUGAUCCUGAAUAUGAACAUGUAUACACUGUAGAGGAUUACAAGGAAGACUUGGACGAGGAUGGAACAGAGAGUACUCUAUUAGCUGAUGAUGUGACAAUACCUAUGGAACCCGCUGCAAAUGAGAGAAGGAAAAGAGAUGCAUCUAAUCAAGAUCCAUGCACUUUGCCUAUGGAAGAAGGGGACUGUGAAAGCUACACCCUGAAAUGGUAUUAUAACCAAGCCGUUGGAGAAUGUCGCCUAUUUGUUUACAGUGGCUGCGGUGGAAACCUCAAUCAAUUUAAAGAGAAGAAAGAAUGUGAGCAGCAAUGUAAUUACAGAAACACAACAGCUAAAUCUCCGCCAGAUGGAAGCUAAGAAACCUGCAAAUCCGGAGGAAACUGAUGUACAUUGUAAUUUUUGUAUGAUUUGCCUAGUUUGUAAAAACAAUGCAAUCUGCAAGGUCAAACAGGGAAAGACCAUUGUGUUCCUGUGCUGUAAUGUCUGGGAAAUUUUUGUGUAUUUUAUAAUAAUAAUAAUAAUAUAAUUCUGACAGCUGUUACUUGUUAUACAUGGUGCAUAAUAGUUUUUUUUCUGUAGCAGAUAAAUGGUGCUAUUUUUAUUCCACAUCCAAAGAGAAAUUUCUAUCAAGUGAAAUAAGGUCAUUAUAGCAAAUAUUCCAAGGUUUUCAGCUACAAUCUGGCAAUGCGAUACUGUAACCUCAAAGCUUGGGCAAGAUGAUCUGUUUUGCACACAUAUAUUAACAUUGCUUAUCAGUUAGGGUCUACACUCCCUCAGCAUCAUUGGUUCUGCUGUCUCUAGUUUUCUAUUUCUGCUCAUCUUUAAAUGAGGUUAUCCCAAUAAUAAUCACUGAAUUUCUGAAUCUGAAGUUAUUGAAUUCAGGUCCAUCAAGUUAAACCAUCCAGCUGUCAGUUUAAUCUGUGCUGGGGUAAAAUAAACUUCUUCUUAACCCCUGUACUGCUGUAGAGUGAGCUCUUUCCAUAUUAAAGAGGGGCAUCAAAUGUGUUUUAUCACAUGUAGAGAACAGGGGCAGCGUCAAUUUUCAACCACAAACUCCUCCCCCUUUAUUAAGAUAACAUAAAAGACUACACAAAGCACUUUGGGUAAAAAAAGGCUGCAGCUGGUUUAUUAACAAAUUUACAUAAAUAAUAAACCACAUAUAAGUGUAAGGCAAUGUAAACAAUUACAUUUAACUUCCUUCUAACCUUCAAUCGCCACUAAAGGCUGCAAACAAUUCUAACUCAAUUCUAAGAGUGAGGGGCCCUGCCUGGUUUCCCUCCUAGGCACAGCUUUUCUCCAUAACUCAAAUCCUUUCCAAUGGGCUCCUUCCAUCACUUAGGCCCCUAACCCAACCCCUGUUAUGCCCUACCUUUCAUACCCCCAUCACCAGCUCCCUCCCAGGGGAGCCCCUCCCUUUGUGAUUCCAUACUAGUACCACCCCCUACUCUGAUACCCCUUUGCUCCAGGGAGGGCAGGCAGGAAGGAGCUGUUCAAGAUAAAAGAAAACACCCCCUUCCUCCUUUAACCCCAUGUGUCUUCAUCCUUUCUAACAAGCAACCCAACAACCCUACAACCCCCAUAAUUCCUAACACACUCCUCUGGUUCCUUUCUUCCUAUCCCAGUUAUGGUCCUGUUGUUCCCCAGUUCCUGGCUCACUCCCCUUGGGCAUUCUUUCCUAUGGAACUAGGGACCAGUAACUGUGAUAAGCUGCUGUCACUUCUAGCUGGUAGGUAGAACACCGACGGGUGCACCAUAUUGACCAUCAGACAUAUUCAACUGACUGGAAUGGACAAUCUUGGCCCCCCCCAAUCCACACUAAUCA